GGAAUAAUAUUUGAGGCAUGGAACUUGAACAGAGGUAUUCGGUGAUGAAGGCUGGAUUGCAAACCGAAAUGGUUGAAGCUUUCGACAUAAACGACUUGGCUAAUGAUGUUUAUGAGCAUAAUUUUGGGCAUCGGCCAUUUCAGGGUAACAUUCAGACAUUGACUGCUGCUGAUCUUGAUCGUUACUGCGCAAACGUGUGGCUUCUUUCUCCACCAUGCCAACCGUAUACCCGACAAGGUCUUCAGAAACAAUCUGCUGAUGCUCGGGCCUCCUCUUUUCUCAGAAUUCUUGAAAUCAUUCCGCAGUUGAUGCUACCUCCGGUCAUGCUCUUUGUUGAGAAUGUUGUUGGAUUUGAGACAUCUGAUACACAUCAAAAGAUGGUUCAGAUACUCGAGGAAAGCCAAUUUGAAAUGCAGGAAUUUAUAUUAAGCCCACUGCAGUUUGGUGUGCCGUACUCCCGUCCCCGUUACUUUUGCCUGGCCAAAAGAAAGCCAUCAUCCUUCUGCAACCCAGAGUUCAAUCGGCAGCUUCUUCAUGUGCCAGAACUGUUAGUAGGUUGCAAUGAGAGCAUAUCAAUCAGUGAAAAUGGUCAAUUAACAAGUACUUCUGAUAAGAUGCUCCAAACAUGUCUUCCUAUAGAAAGAUUUUUGGAAUUUGGGAACUCCAUGAACCAGGUCGAAAAUGGAACAAGUUUUCCACCAGAUACUUGUUCAGAUGAAAGUUCUUUAAAGCAGUACUUUGUUCCAUCAAACUUGAUAGAAAGAUGGGGAAGUGCCAUGGAUAUCGUCUAUCCUGAUUCAAAGCGCUGCUGUUGCUUCACAAAGAGUUAUUAUCGUUAUGUGAAGGGCACUGGAUCUCUAUUAACAACCGUUAUGCCAAAGACGAGAGACAAAACAUCAUUGGAGGAACUUUGCCUCAGAUACUUUACGCCUAGAGAGGUUUCAAAUUUGCAUUCUUUCCCCAAGGAAUUUGAGUUUCCAGAACAUGUAACCCUUCGACAACGACCAUGAUGUUUGGCUUUCAAAAGUCAAGCUUGUACUCUCUUUUUCGGAACACAUGGAUUCUUUCCAGAUGCUGAAAAUGCCAUUUUUCCGUAUCACCACCAUCAAAAUGCAUUAAGUCUUAAAAUUCAUGGUACUUUUUCUAUUUUUUUAUACUAUUGGAUUUUUUUUUAUGAAUUUUGAAGUUAAAGCUAGUCUCUAAAAAGUCAAACACGGGCCUUUCUUUUGUAGAACAGAGUGGUACAAGAGAGAAAAAGAAUGAACCUACACUCCUAAAACUUGAUAGCAUCAUUAGCCCCUUCCUUUCAUGAAAAUUGCAUCACUUUCUUUUUCAUAACAUCCGGUUAAAAUUUGUAAUGCUUCAUUUUUUGGCAAAAUUUCAUGUUAAAAUUAUAUAAACUUUCUAAUUGUCAUUAGAAAUAAAUGGAUGGUAUUCAAUUUGAUUCACAAUAUGCUUGCAUUUUGUUUGUACUCUAGGGGGUGUUUGGUUAUAGUAUUAAGUUGUCAUUAAUGUGAUUGAAAAUAAAAGAAACUGUUUGGUGUUAUAUAACAUAAUAGGCCCAAUCCCCGGCAAAGCCCAGAUUUUCAUUACAGGUUAAAGUUGCACGAAUGAAUAUUCAUUCUAAUUUUCAUUUCCCCUCAUGAACCAAACUUUUUUCUUAGAUAUAUGAAAGCAUUCUUAAACCAUCCAUUUAUGUAUCUAAUAAAACAUUACUUGCAUUGGUUUUUGAAUUAUUAAUUUUAAAGAUUAAG